CUGAGGACACGCGUAGAUAUAUGGAUUGUAAGUUACUUUAUUUAUGUCUCUACGGAUCACUCCGUAUGCAGGUCAGAGCCCCACAAAUACAGAACCCCACUCUCCAGCUGUGCAGCUUUACGCCACUCUUAUGCAGCGAGCUAUCAUUUGUGCAGUUAGCUUUCCAGUUAUGCCAGUUAUGCCAGUCAUCCAGGAUAGCUCCAACAUCCAUCCUCUCCAGGUUCGAGAGAUCUAAAGAAUUCUACAUUACAGAAGACAGUGGCAAGGCUGAGAAAUCACGUUUGCCUUUUUUAUUUUAUUUCUUUCUACCCUCCUUGCACGCUCUUUCACACAAGAAAUCACCAUCUCAAACACCAACAACCCGAACCUGCCAAAAACCACACACGCCCUCAGAAGCUCCCAAAAAAACGACGGCCCAAAAUGUCGCGCCAUCAUCCCGAUCUCGUAAUGUGCCGCAAGCAGCCCGGCAUCGCCAUCGGGCGCCUCUGCGACAAGUGCGACGGCAAGUGUCCCGUGUGCGACUCGUACGUGCGGCCGACGACGCUCGUGCGCAUCUGCGACGAGUGCUCCUUCGGCAACUACCAGAACAAGUGCGUCGUGUGCGGCGGCGAGGGGAUCUCGGACGCCUUCUACUGCUUCGAGUGCACGCGGCUCGAGAAGGACCGGGACGGCUGCCCCAAGAUCAUCAACCUCGGAAGCUCGAGGACCGACCUGUUCUACCAGAAGAAGACGAACCGCGGCGCCACGUACUAGACCUGAGGGGCCCGGGGCCGGGGCCGGGGUUGGGUGGUUCUGUUUCAAGACGAGAUAUUUUGUCCGUGGACGACAUGAUGUACACGAUGUAUACACGUACAUGCGCACGGCAGGCACAGGAAACACUGUGUCGUGGGAUCUGAUGGGUCAUGCAUUUUGCGGAGUUUUGAGGGGUUCUAGAGAUUGAUUUCACACGUAGCCGCGGCUCGAUACCCAAAAUUUAGGCAUCAAUGAUGAAAUGGUGUUUCGGAGCUUGACCAACAUUUAUCUGGCAUUUAUCGGGUACUGAUUUGCCUCGAGACCGAAGGGUAUAUUCAAAGUGGCAUGUGCUCGAUCACGCGACUAUGACCGUGGCAAGUUUUGGCAAAGAGACACAAAGACUCAGGAUUUGCGGGGAGGGAAAAGGGGAAAAGAAGA